GUUUCGUGCCCGAGUUCCAGCCGCGGCGCUGAGUGAGAGUGGAGAGCUUGGCUUGUUCAGAUGGAGCGUGUAAUCUGGUUUUAGCGCGCCGUUUUGUGCUUUCUGUGUGUUCUGAAGUUGUAAUUUCGUGCCUGUGCCGUGAACAUGUUGUCUUUGGUGUCCUAUAAGACCUGGGGCGGCUCGGAACACGUUAACGCUUCAUGCACAGCAAUGGAAGUGAAACGUGCAGCGCUUGAUUUAUAAUAAAGUUGUAGCCAGAAGAGAAGACCCACAGCACGCUUUCUGAUUCAUAGCUGCUACUUUGAAAAGUCAAGAGGGGUAAAAAGGCCGAAGUUGCAGCAGACUGACAUAAAGCAAUAAUGUAUCCAGAUGCACUGGAAGCUGCUGGCCGGAUCGAGGGCUUGCCUAUGUCCUGCCCAGAGACCCUGCCAGACCCAGAGGAGGAGGAGGCUGAGCUGAGCCGUGAGCCGAAAAGGAGGUGCAGAUACCGUCCCAGUCUGCAAUUACUGAAGCCCUUCAGAAUCACAAACAAGCAUCAGCACCCCGUGGACAAUGCUGGCCUCUUCUCUUUCAUGACCCUGCAGUGGCUCUCUCCACUGGCCUGGAAAUCCCACAGAGCAUCAAGCCUUAACAUGGAGGAUGUAUGCGGCCUGUCCUGCCAUGAAGCCUCUGAAACCAACUGCUACAGGCUGGAGGCUCUGUGGCAUGAGGAGUUGAAGAGUAAGGGCAAAGAUGGGGCAUCUCUCUGCCGCGUUUUCUGGAGGUUCUGUCAGACCCGCAUGUUGGUUGCUAUCUUCUGUCUCCUUAUCACCAUGGUGACUGGCUUCAUUGGACCUGCUGUAUUGAUCCGGGCACUGUUGGAGUAUUCUCAGAGCUCAGAGGUGUGGCUGUUGUAUGGCAUGGCUCUGGUUAGUGGUAUAUUCCUAAUGGAACUGGCCCGCUCCUGGUCUCUCGCCCUCAUGUGGGCUGUUAACUACCGCACUGCUACCCGCCUGCGAGGGGCAGCACUCGCGCUUGCCUUCCAGAAAAUCCUGUGCCUGCGCAGCACUAAAGACAUCAGCACUGGGGAGUUGAUAAACAUCUGCUCCAGUGAUGGUCAGCGGCUCUAUGAGGCUGUGAAUGUGGGCUGCCUCCUGGCUGGGGGGCCUCUCGUGGGGCUUCUGGGCCUGUCCUACACCAUCUACUUCUUGGGACCUACGGCACUUGUUGGGUCGGCUAUCUUUAUCAUCUUUUAUCCUUCAAUGAUGCUGGCCUCCCGCCUGACGGCCUACUUCAGGAAGAAGUGUGUGGUGAUCACAGACCGGCGCGUCAGGUUGAUGAACGAGAUCCUCAGCUGUAUCAAAUUCAUUAAGAUGUACUGCUGGGAAUCAGCCUUUGCCAGCAACAUCCACAAGGUGAGAUCAGAGGAGAAGGGGAUAUUGGAGAAUGCUGGUUUUGUUCAGAGUCUGACCGUUGGCGUCGCUCCAGUUGUGGUUGUGAUUGCGAGUGUCUGUACGUUCACUCUGCACAUGGCUCUGGGCAAUGAUCUCACUGCAGCACAGGCCUUCACUGUUGUGGCUGUGUUCAACUCCAUGACGUUUGCACUAAAAGUCACACCCUUGGCAGUGCGUGCCUUAUCUGAGGGCACGGUGGCUGUCAAAAGAUUUCAGAGGCUCUUCAUGUUGGAGGACCGGGAGUCGAUCUCUGUCAAAAUGGAGGAUCCUGAGAAUGCGGUGGAGUUCCGGGACGUCACACUGGCGUGGGAAAAAGCUCGCCCCCCGCAGGGCAAAGGGCAGGCUAGCCGAAAAAGAGGGGGCAUGCAGAGAGUGCUGAGGAGGGAGAAGCUCAGCCUUUACAUCAGCUCAGAGGAGGAGAAAAGCAAAGGUGAAGGCCCUAAUGUUCAGCACCUCCUCACGCACAUGGAGCAGGAGAGCCCCCAGAGCACCAUCUCCUCCACCCAAAGCAUCCGCCCACUGCUGCACAAAACCCUGCACCGCAUCCACCUGUACAUCCGCAAGGGUGCACUGGUAGGGGUGUGUGGAGCUGUGGGCAGUGGAAAAAGCUCCCUGCUGUCGGCUCUCCUGGGACAGAUGACCCUGCUGGCUGGAGCAGUGACUGCAGAUGGAGGCUUUGCCUAUGCAGCCCAGCAGGCCUGGAUCCUCAACAGCUCCCUGAGGGAGAACAUCCUGUUUGGGAGAGAGUACAUAGAGGAAAAGUAUAAUGCAGUUCUGGAGGCCUGCUGCUUAAUUCCUGAUAUUACAGAGCUACCUUACGGUGACAUGACUGAGAUUGGAGAGAGGGGGGCAAAUCUGAGUGGAGGUCAGCGGCAGAGGGUCAGUCUGGCCCGGGCACUCUACAGCGAAAGACCCAUCCUGCUGCUAGACGAUCCUCUGAGUGCUGUGGAUGCCCAUGUGGGAGCACAUCUGUUUCACAAUGCCAUCCGCAGGGCAGCUGGAGGAAGGACGGUCAUCUUCGUUACACACCAACUGCAAUACCUGGCAGAGUGUGAUGAGGUGGUGUUGAUGAAGGACGGGCAGAUUGCGGAGCAUGGCACCCACGACCAGCUGAUGAGCAGAGGCCGCGACUAUGCCAUGCUUCUCACCGGCAUCCAACAGGAGAAUCUGGUGCGGAAGAACCUGAGGAAGUGGCAGGGAGGGCAGGAGGAGCGCUCUGGGCCUCGUGCUAGUGGCAUCAGUGCAGCGGGCAGGCAGCCUGCGGGGAGCGGGAGAGGAGACCGGCUCAUGCAGGCCGAGGAGAAAGGGUCCGGUGCCGUGGCCUCAGCUGUCUACGCCACUUACAUCAAGGCUGCGGGAGGGCCAUUGGCCUUCAUCGUCAAUAUCCUCCUCUUCCUGCUCACCACAGGCAGCAUAGCCUUCAGUAACUGGUGGCUCAGCCACUGGAUCAAGCAGGGCAGCGGGAACGUGACGGUGUUGCAGGGGAAUGAGAGCGUGGUGAGCAGCAGCAUGAGACUAAACCCCCAUAUUCAGUAUUACUCCAGGGUGUACGCUCUGUCCAUGGGGGCCGUGCUUCUCCUCAAGACUGUGCGAGGCAUCGUGUUCGUUAAGUGUUCUCUGCGGGCGGCCUCGACUCUGCAUGAUAAGCUGUUUAAGGCUCUCCUCCACAGCCCCAUGCACUUCUUUGACACGACUCCUCUGGGACGUAUCCUCAACCGCUUCUCCAAAGAUAUGGAUGAAGUUGACGUGCGACUGGCGAUGCAUGCAGAGAUGUUGAUGCAGAACCUGACGCUGGUGCUGUUCUGUCUGGGUGUGGUCAGCACUGUUUUCCCAUGGUUCCUCUUCUCCAUAAUCCCUCUCGCUGCCUUUCUCUUUUUCAUCAAUCGCAUAUCCAGGGUGCUGAUUCGUGAGCUGAAAAGACUGGAGAACAUCAGCCAAUCACCUUUCACCUCUCAUAUCACCAGCAGCCUUCAAGGCCUGUCCACAAUCCACGCCUACGGCCGAGGGGCCGACUUCCUGCAAAGAUAUCAGGCUCUGCUGGACACUAACCAGGCAGCUCACUACCUGUUCAGCUGUGCUAUGCGCUGGUUGGCUGUGCGUUUAGACCUCAUCAGCAUCACACUCAUCACCACUGUGGCCCUGCUUAUCGUCUUCAUGCACGGCCACAUCCCCCCAGCCUACGCUGGCCUGGCCAUCUCCUACGCCGUGCAGCUAACUGGCCUGUUUCAGUUCACCGUGAGGCUACUGUCCGAAACAGAGGCCCGAUUUACAUCAGUGGAGAGGAUCAAUCAUUACAUAAAGAACUUGGAGACAGAGGCUCCCCAGCAGGUCAGCGGGCCCUCAGCCCCUGACCCCGACUGGCCGCAGCAGGGCAGCAUCAGCUUGCAGAACGUGGAAAUGCGCUAUCGUCCCGAGCUGCCCCUGGUGCUGAAGAAUCUGACCUUCAGCAUCCUCCCAGAAGAGACGGUGGGCAUCAUAGGCCGGACCGGCUCAGGAAAAUCUUCGCUUGGCGUAGCGCUAUUCAGACUAGUGGAGCUCAGCGGGGGAUCCAUCAUCAUCGACGGUGUCAACAUCGCUCACGUAGGGCUGGAAGCUUUGAGAAGCAAGCUGUCAGUCAUCCCCCAAGAGCCUGUUCUCUUCAUUGGCACUGUCAGGUCAAACUUGGACCCCUGGGGUCAGUACACAGAUGUGCAGGUCUGGGAGGCACUAGAGAAAACACACAUCAAAGACAUGGUAAGCCAGUUACCUCACACUUUGCACUCAGAGGUGAUGGAGAACGGAGAGAACUUCUCGGUGGGAGAGAGGCAGCUACUGUGUGUGGCCAGAGCUCUGCUCAGACACAGCAAGAUUUUGCUGCUGGAUGAGGCAACUGCAGCCAUUGACACAGAGACAGAUCGGCUUUUACAGGAGACCAUCCGCUCCUCUUUCAAAGGCUGCACCAUGCUGGUCAUAGCCCACCGCCUCAACACUGUCCUCAGCUGUGACAGAGUCUUGGUUCUGGACCAAGGCCAGAUCCUGGAGUUUGAUAGCCCAUCAAACCUGCUAGCAAAUAAGAGCUCACAUUUCUCUGCCAUGCUGGAGGUGGCGAACAGAACCUUCAGUCACUCGGAGCAGAACUGAACGGCUGCUGAAUGGACCAGUCCUGCACACUACAACACGAACCACACUAUCGGGGAUCUGGAGAGCGAGACUGAAUUCUCUCCAUAAACCUGCAAGAGCACUAACCUAGCUGACAGUAUAAACAUCCUUCAUCAAGCUGCUAGAACAAAGAUGUUAUGUGUUCAGUGUCGUCCUUACCUGGUCCUGGAUUUAACCAGCACCGACCAGGUUAGGGUUUUGCCUGCUUAAAGGAAUUGCCUUUCAGCCUAUACCAUACAUUCUGCUGCAUCUGUAGCAUCAGUUAUCACAGAGGUUUUGAUGCAUUUCUCUGUACUUGGUAAAUGUACAGGAAGCCUGUUGGGAUGUGUAAGUAAACUAUUGUCCAUGGUAAUCAACUAUAUGCUACAAAUACAGCAGACCAGCGACGGAGUAAAGUCCUGCUCAGUUCCUGUUGGGCAGGAAAAUUCCAUUAUUGGCACUUUUGUUAUCUGUAGAGAAGAAUGAGUAUGUAUGAAAAAUGAAGAGUCCAAGUUGGGAGAGGUUGUACUGUGUUGUAGCAUAUUGAUUUUUUUCUUUCAGAUAGGGCUAUUUUCUGCGCCUGCUACAGGUGGAAGUAAACUUUGCACACUGAUUUUUGGAGUAAUCUAUCCAUUGUUUGGUCUUAUUGGUCAGUAUUUAUGAGCAGUGGUCUUUAGUGGCCUUAUUUAUAUUGGAGAGAUUAAAGAGUAUAUGAACACUUGCAAUAAACACAAAGUGCUUGACUUUCUUCCUCAAAAAUAGGACAGGAUAAGACACGGGUCAGUCAUUCCAUUGAAUUCAAGCACAACAAAAGACAAUCGUUUUCUGCUGGUUUGUUCUUUUAAAUGUUGGCUAAAGGACAGUGCAAUCAGAAGUUGUAGUCAGAAGAAGACUAGUUUGAGUUCUUGUGGUAUUUAGCUGUAUCGCUCCUAUAACUGUUUCUAACUUGAGAGUGCUUUGAGACGUUCUUUUUCAGCUCUGAACUGCCGCUGUCCUUACUGACGUUGCUAAAUACAGGAGCUUAAAUGACAUGAUCCUCUUAAUUGAGGAUAAGGAGAGUCUAUAGGGGCUUUAGCAGGAAUUCAGCUGAUAGAAAUUCUAAUGAAUCCUGUUAAAUAUAGACAAGACCUGCCUCAGCAUUUUCAAAGUCAUAUUCAGCAUAGUGGUGCAUAGAGAGACCUAAUUAUAAGAAACUUACUGUAUUGGUGAGUGUACAAAUGUAUAUCUUAUUAUGUCAAAUUCAGAUUUCCCUUUGGAGUCUUAAAGACAGUUUUAUUUUAGGCAUUAUCAUGGGGGUUUAACAACUGUACACUGUACAAUUACGAAUCAAUCUAGCAAUAACGCAGUAAUUUCUAGUAAGAGUAAAUAUAGGAAGCCAUAUUCAUCUUAAUCUGCCAUGCUGAGUUCAAAGAUUCCUCUGGGACAAGCCUUGAAUCAAGCUAUGCCUGUCUAAAAAGAAGCGUUUUACUGUAUUGUUGUGUUUCUACAUUAGACAUGGAAGGUUGCCUUGUUAAUGACCUGAGAUUGUGUAGUGUUUUUAUAUACUUGUUAUAAAAGGCUUUAUUAAAUAAAUGUAUUUUUACACAUUAAA